GUCCCGGCGCAUAGGAUGGGCGGCGUGUCGUCGUCUUCUUCAUCGUCUUCAUCGUCGAAGAGGCGGCCCAAGGUCAAGCGCGCGCCGGGGUACGAGGACCCCGCCGUCCUCGCCGCCCAGACCUCAUUCACGGUGAACGAGGUGGAGGCGCUGUACGAGCUCUACAAGACGCUCAGCUUCUCCGCCAUCAAGGAUGGCCUCAUCCACAAGGAGCAGUUCCGGCUCGCCUUGUUCAGGAACAGCAGAGGAUCAAAUCUCUUCGCGGAUAGGGUGUUCGAUAUGUUUGAUCUCAAGCGAAACGGGGUGAUCGAGUUCGGGGAGUUCGUGCGAUCGCUCAGCACAUUCCACCCAAAAGCAUCGGAAUCAGAGAAGACUAAGUUUGCAUUCAAGUUAUAUGAUUUAAGAGGCACAGGUUACAUCGAGAAGGAAGAGCUCAAAGAGAUGGUCUUGGCGCUUCUAGGUGAAUCGGACCUAUCUCUUUCAGACACAGCUGUGAAGGAGAUCGUUGAUAAUACAUUCAAUCAAGCCGACUCGAAUGGCGAUGGCAGGAUAGACCCACAGGAGUGGGAGGAGUUUGUCAAGAAGAACCCGGCGUCACUGAGGAACAUGUCGCUCCCCUAUCUCCAGGACAUUACCACGGCAUUUCCGAGCUUUGUAAUGCAUUCAGAAGUCGAAGAUUAGAGCAGAUCAACAAACAGGAAAGGCAUGAUCAUUGGUGUGAUAUGGCCGGUUGAGCUAUGGCACUCCCAGGCAGUCCGAAACAGAAAUAGGACAAUAGAACGAAUUCUAAUAGCGGGAAAGCUUCAGAUGAUAACAAGACAAUGGUUUCUGGUUAGAGGGAGUAAAUAACGAGAAUCAAGACUACAGAAACUACUUUUUUUUUAGAUUUACGAGCUUACGCCCCUCGAGCUUCCAUGGUCUUUUUGCUCAGGACAAGCGUGUUGUUCUUGGCCUUCAUUGAUAGAGAGAGAUUUUUUAUGUUUACUAAAGAUGAGCUAUUUUCAAAAUUAUAUGCUUAACAGUAGGAGGUGUGAUACGAUUUCUUAUAGAACCUUCAUUACAAGAACUUCUGAAAUCAUAUAUAGUUUAGUGGUUGCAUCAUUAGUAGACAA